AUGGCGAAGGUCUGCAAAUCAUGCCAAGAGCCGCUCACCAUAACCCUCGACCCUGAGGACUCGGUCGAGGAGACCACCAACCCUCAAACCGUCCCCGACGACCUCAUCCUCCCCUGCGGCUGCCAUUUCCACUGGCAAUGCCUUCUGGAAGAGUCCUCCCACGUAACCACGGCACUUACCUGCCCAGCCUGCAACACUCACCUCCCAACAAACGUCCCAGCCGCGUCUGGUGCCGGUUCAUCCUCCUCCUCCUCCUCAGCCAACGUUCAGCCAACCCAACCAACCCAACCAACCCCUCACAUCCCCACUCACUACACCAACGAAGGCGGUGCCCAACCCAACCUUGACAUCUACCCAACCCUCCUCGAAGAGUCCUACCUCUCAGCCCACCCGGAAGCCCGCCCAGCACGCGCAUUCCAUACCCUUGCCGCGGAAGGCCAAGUCCAGGGGAUGGUCGAGCUCCUCCAGUCCCUCGAGUCGAACCCCCACGGCUCGGAUGAUGACGAUGACGAAGAUAACGAAGGCAAAGACGACGAAUACGACCAGGACGACACGGACAUCGACACCCUCAACGCAGCCCAGCUCCUCGCCUGGCGGGACCCGCUCAAUGGUUUGCGCAGCGCGUUGCACGUAGCGCUGGAGGCGCAACAGGAGGAAGCGGUGUGGCUGUUGCUUUGGUUAGGUAGCGGGGCACGCGCGGAGGAUUUCCCGCCUGCUGUGGUGCAGGUUGUUGAGAGCACUUUGGAGCUGGCACGGUUGUUGUUCUUGCCUGAGGAUGAGAGAUUGCCUGGCACAGAGGAUGUGAGGACGGUGAGGGAUGAGCGGGGCCGGACAGCGGGGGAUGUUUGCUUGGAGUUGGGAGGGCCGUGGGUUAGGUUGGUGGAAGGGGGGCUGUUUCAGUGA